CUUGGGGCAGCUGCGGACGGGGCGAUGGCGGCGCUGGAGUCGGAGCCUAGCCUGUCGGGGCUGGAGGAGGAGCUCACCUGCUCCAUCUGCCUCUGCAUCUUCAGCAGCCCCGUGACGGUGCCCUGCGGGCACAACUUCUGCGCCUCCUGCCUGGAGCUCACCUGGGCCGGGCUCUCGGGGGGCUUCAGCUGCCCGCAGUGCCGGGCCACGUUCGCGGGCCGCCCGCAGCUGCAGAGGAACACGGUGCUGUGCCGGGUGGUGGAGCAGCUGCAGGGCCGCUCCGGGGCCAAGGGCGAGGAAGAGGAGGAGAAUGAGGAUGGGGAUGGGGAGGUGGGGGGGUGCUUGGCCGCGGAGCCCCCCGUGCUCUGCGACAGCUGCCGGGAGGCGGCGGCCGUGCAGACCUGCCUGACGUGCACCGCGUCCUUCUGCGCCGAGCACCUGCGGCCGCACCGCGACAGCCCCGCCUUCCGCGACCACCAGCUCUGCCCCACCGUGCGCGACCUGCAGCAGCGCAAGUGCCCCCAGCACAACCGGCUCUUCGAGUUCUUCUGCGGCAAGCACGGCGUCUGCAUCUGCUCCCUCUGCCUGCUCGGGCACAAGCUGUGCCCCACCAGCCCCUUGGAGCAGGCAAAAGCCUCUGCCCAGUCGCUGCUGAAGAAAAAACUUGCGGAGCUGCAUAACCAGAGUGAAAGAACUGCCCGGGCAAUGAGCACAGUGAAAACAAAGCAGAACCAAUCUGCUGAGACAGCUUCAAGAAAGAAGGAAUUGAUCAGAAAGGAGUUUUCAGAAGUUAAAGCUGUAAUUGAAGAAAGAGAAAAUGAGAUCAUGAAAGCAAUUACAGAGGAAGAAAAGAGAGUUUGGAAUAAGUUUGAUUAUAUUUAUGGUGUUCUGGGAAAUAAGAAGAACGAAAUUCAGUGUCUCAAAGAUCAGAUUGAGAUGGCACUGACUGAAAGUGAUGAUAUUCUCUUUUUGAAGAGAGCAACAGCACUGCAACGAACAUCAACAAAAGAGGCUUUUGUUCCUGUAGUUGAAAUGGACCAAAAUGUUGUGCAUUCCACUUACCAGUCUGCCAUUACCCUCAAAGACAUAGUGAAACUUUCAGUAAUUCAGAGUCGGGAGAAAAAAGAAGAAGCCAAACCUGUGAAAAUUCAGGUCCUUCCAGCAGCUCAUCCAAACAAAGCCACUGUUGGAAAAAAGCCUCCCGUACCACACCAGACCCGCAAAGAGAAAACUGUUCCCCAGGCUCAAGUCCCUUCACAGGGGGAGACAGAUACCACCAAAGAGAAAAAGAAAGCUGCUAAAGUUGCACUACCUGCCACACCAAGUGCCCCAGCUGCUGCUGCCAAAGAGCUGAUAGACAGCUUCCUGAAGAAACCCAGAGAGGAGCUCCUGCAGUACGCUGCCAACAUCACCCUGGAUUACAACACGGCCCACAACACGGUGGUUCUGGCUGACAACUACACCAGGAUGUCCAUCUCGGACACCUUCCCAGGCCACAGGCAGCACCCUCAGCGCUUCACCGACUACCGCCAGGUGCUGGGCUUCCAGUGCUUCAAGCGGGGCGUCCACUACUGGGAGGUGGAGCUGCAGCCCAGCAGCUUCUGCGGGCUGGGCGUGUGCUACGGCAGCAUGGAGCGCCAGGGCCCCCAGAGCCGCCUGGGCAGGAACUGCCGCUCCUGGUGCAUCGAGUGGCUCAACUCCAGGCUCUCCUCCUGGCACAACGACGUGGAGAAGUGCCUGCCCAACACAAAGGCCACCAAGAUCGGGGUGCUGCUCCACUGCGAUGGGGGCUUCCUCAUUUUCAUGGCCGUGGGGGAGAAGAAUAGCCUGAUCUAUAAAUUCAAAGCUCAGUUCACUGAAGCCCUGUACCCAGCCUUCUGGCUGUUCUCCAGUGAUGCUGUUCUCUCUCUCUGUCACAUGAAAGAGUAAGGCCUGGUAUCUCAGUUUAGUUCAUUUACAGCACAGAUAAUCUGUUUCAAAGUUUGAUUGUUUGAUGCAGAAAUUAUCAUCUCUUUUAAGCAGUUUAGAAAAUCUGCCAGUUCCUUCAUCUGAAUUGCUAAAGCCUUUAGAUAGUGAUUUAGCAAAAUGUUGGUGAUGGUACAAACUACAAGGGUUUGAAAAGGUCUUGAUUGCCCUGAAAUCAAAGUUAUGGUGCAAAUCCUUGUUAAAUGUCUUCAGUGGCGCCUGUGGCUUCUGUGGUUUCCUCUAAAGGAGCAACAGCAUUAAUGUGUUCAUGGGUAACAAUGGCCCCUUUGAGAAACAAA